AUGCGUGUUCCAGGCAAGCGUUUGGCCUACAACAAUAGAGGCCGGCACUCUGACCUCCUAGAGAGCCCGGUGCACACUGGCAACACAGUUUUCCUUAUUGGGGCUCACAACACUGGCAGUCAACUGGCACUAAGGGAGUUUCAAACUAGUGCUAUCAGCAGGGACAUUGACACGGCUGCCAAAUUUAUUGGUGCUGGUGCUGCCACAGUAGGAGUGGCUGGUUCUGGUUCUCGUAUCAGAACAGUCUUCGGGAGUUUAAUCAUUGGCUAUGCCAUGAAUCCUUCUCUGAAGCAGCAGUUAUUCUCCUAUGCUAUUCUGGGAUUUGCUCUGUCUGAAGCUAUGGGUCUCUUCUGUCUGAUGGUUGCUUUCUUGAUCCUGUUUGCCAUGUGAAAAGAUCUGUUUGUAACAUUGGUAUCAAUGAACUGCAGUGUGAUUCUGUGAA